AUGUUAGCCGCCAACAUUGAAACUCGCCUCAACCAUGAUGUUCCCAAAAGAACGAAAAUUUGUAUAUACUGCGGCUCAUCUACGGGUUACAGCCCAAAGCACAUGGAGGCUGCUCGCAAGCUCGCUCAGUUGAUGGCUGCAAAAAGCCUUGAUCUUGUCUACGGGGGUGGCACAGUCGGACUCAUGGGAGAGGUGGCCAAGACCCUCGUCUCCAUUUCCGGACCAGACGCAGUCCAUGGCAUCAUCCCCGAGCCCUUGGUCAAGUUUGAGCGCGAUGAUACCUACCGCAGCAUCUGUUCCGAGAACAAGAUGCCCAUCCCGGACAAGAUGACAUACGGCCGUACUACAGUUGUGAAAGAUAUGCAUACCCGCAAGCGUAUGAUGGCAGAGGAAGUUUUUGCGGGUGGCCCAGGAUCCGGUUUUAUUGCGCUCUCUGGAGGAUACGGGACGAUAGAGGAGAUUCUUGAAGCUGCCACGUGGGUUCAGCUGGGCAUCCACUCGAGGGGUGUUUGUCUUCUGAAUAUUGAUGGAUUCUUUGAUGGAAUCUUGAAGUGGAUUAAACAGGCUGUAAAGGAGCAGUUCAUACGUCCAGCCAAUGCUGCUAUUAUCGUGACAGUGCAGACGCCCGAGGACGCCAUUGACGCACUCCUACAUUAUCGAGUUCCGACAUCCAUAUUGCAACUUGAUUGGAGUCGAAUUUGA